UCUUCUACUUCCUCUUCCUCCUCUGCUUCUUCAAGCCCCUUACCAGCAUUGAUUUCUGUCCUAGUGCCAUCCCCCAAAGAAGAGGAGAUUGUGUCUGAAGGAAAAGUAGCAGACAGGUCUGAGGUGCACUUGCCUACCCUUGAGGCUGAGUCACAGUUGGCUUCUGUCACCAUGGAGGAUGACACCAGGAGCAGCUGUCCCACAGUCCUACAACCUGCUCUUCCCUCUCCUCCACCCUCUGCCCCUUCAAAGGCAAAGAGAAGUUCACCUGCUUCAUCUACCAGUUCAUCAUCAUCCUCUUCUUCCUCCUCAUCCUUAUCUUCAACUUCUGAUUCUGAGUCCAGCUCAUCUGAAUCCAGUCCCCAUGAUCAGGCAACAAAGGAUCUUGAGGCUAAGAUUGAACUGAAACAGCCACCAAGCCCAGUGCUGAAAGAGACUAAUCAUGAUGAGCAACCUCUGGAAAUGGGCAAACGUAAGUGUCGUUCUCAAAGCUCAAGCAGUUCAAGCAGCAGCUCUUCCUCUUCAUCCUCAUCCUCUUCUUCAUCUUCGUCCUCUUCAACGCCACUGCCUAAAACAGGACUUCAGGCGGUGAUGAAGGGUCCCCUAAAGAAGAAACCAUCUCCAGGAAAGAGAAAGUCACACAGCCCUAGAAAACCAAUUGACUCAUUGAGAGAUUCUCACUCUCUGAGCUACUCCCCAGCAAAACAGCGUCAGAUUUCCCCUCCUCCCCAACCACCCUCUACUCCAAGGGAUCGAUGUAGUUUCAUACUCCCCAUUCUCUAUCCAGAGACAGGUCUAGGGAUAGGUCCCUGCGGAGAAACAGACGAAGCAUCAGCAGGUCUCCAGGACGAAAACAUCAACACAAAUCUCCCAGUCCCCGAGCUCCUCGUCGCAGAACUUCAAGGUCCCCGUAAGCCUUUUGGAGAGUGGAAUGUCCUUGUCCUCACAACCACAGACUGCACCAUCCCCAGCGUCCAGUGCUAUUCCAGUUGGGAGUCCCCCACCUACUGAUGUCCACUGAAAACCAGUGUGUUUGCAUUGGGGGGAGAGUGAAGUGGAGGUCUCUUCAUUUGCCAUCACCUUUAUAUUCUCAUUAGUUUUUUCCUUUACUGUCCCUGUCUUUAUUGCCCAUCAUUUGUCGGCAGCUACCUUCCCCAUGUCCCUGGACAUUUCUGCACAACACCUGCCAGGAUCCAAAAGCUUCUAUGCUCCUCUUCCAACAGUUGGUGAUGUUCAUUUGAUUUUUUCCCUCCUGUGAGCAUUUUUUUCCCUGUGCAUUUUGCAGCUAAAAUC